GUGACUUGACGGCUUGCGCCCACAACAACCUAGUCUACCUUCAUCUCAAAUCUUGCUUCCAGGAAAUUCCUUGUGACCACUAGCUUGUGUAUAUAUAUACUCAAAUUUUAUGUAAAUUCUUCCCACAAUAUAUCCAUCUCCUCUCUCGUAUUUAUCACUCAUCAAGGCUUAUAUAUAUUAUAGUACUGCCCGUUUUAGCUGAUCAUAGUACUCAAAGUUGGUCAGUCAUGCAGCAAAUUCAAGUUCCUCGCAAACCAGAUCAUAAUGGAACAGAUAUAGGUGGUGAUCAUGAAUUCCAAAGGAUCUCCCUCCGGCUGUUGGAUCUCUCCGACAUAGACGAUUUCAUGGUGUGGGCCACGGACGAAAAGGUGACACGUUUUUGCACUUGGGAGCCUUACACCAGCAGAGAAGAAGGGAUGAACUUCAUAAAUGAUAAGGUUAUCCCUCAUCCAUGGUUCAGGGCAAUUUGCCUUGGGGACAGGCCAAUUGGUGCCAUUUCGGUGACCGCGAAUUCGGGCAAUGAUCGGUGUAGAGGCGAACUUGGCUAUGUUCUGGGGUCCAAGUAUUGGGGCAAAGGGAUUGCCACACAGGCUGUGAAAAUGGUGGCUAAGACCAUAUUCAAAGAUUGGCCACAAUUGGAGAGACUUGAAGCUCUAGUGGAUGUGGAAAAUGUGGGGUCCCAAAGGGUACUUGAAAAAGGUGGAUUUCAAAGGGAAGGAGUUCUUAGGAAGUAUUUUCUGCUCAAGGGGAAAUCUAGGGACAUGGUGAUCUUUAGCCUUCUUUCUACUGAUUCCCAAUCUUGAUUCAAAUGAUAAAAUGUAUGUAUUAAAUAUUUGUUUCUCCAUUGAAGAUUUGUAUUAGUUAUAGUCAUUUUGGCUUUUGUCACACCAUUAUAAUAAAAAUUUGGAAAUAACAUUUUAUCUCACAUAUUUGGUGAGAGGUUUA